GCCCUCGGGGGUCGCCUCUGCUCCUGCUGCCCCUGCCGGCGGUCGCUGCUGCCUCCCGCCGGCCGCGCGGAGGCAGUGGCCGACGUAAGGGGGCAGCACCAGCCGGGCGAGCUGUCGCCAGUGCCGCAGCGCAGGCGCAGCACGGCCGGCUCCGCGACGGAUGCGCUGUACGAUGACAUCCCUGACGACAUCAGCAUCACUUUAGCAGGCAUGAGCUCUGUCGCCGUCUGGGGGUCGCACAGCUCCGGACAUUACGUGAAGCACUUGAGGAGGUUCAUGGCCAAGACCUGGGUCGAGUUCUUUUGGUUGUUCUGCAUCUUGGUGAACACAAUUUGCAUGAUGAUUGAGGAGCAGUACCUUGGCGCACUCGAGGGGUACCGACUGGGCUACUACCAGGAAACGGGCUCGAACAGGUACCCAAGUCUCGAGGCCGUUCUGGAGGCCAGCGAUUGGACCUUCGCCGGCAUAUUUACCAUAGAAAUUAUCAUGCGGCUGGUAGCGAUUGGACGACGUUUCUGGUCCAGUCCUAGCUGCGUCGUGGACCUGCUGGUCGUGAUCGCCACGGACGUCGGGCUCGCGCUGAGAUCACGCGUCAACCUGCAGGUGCUCCGGCUGAUGCGCCUCACCCGGCUUGUGAGAAUCCUUAGGCUGAUAAGGAGCAUGGAGACCAUCGAGACGUUUCAGCUGAUGGCGACUUCGCUGCGGGCCUGCGUGACCAGCGCGACCUGGGCAAUCAUCGUCCUCUGUGUUGGCCUGACCGUCUUCGCGUUGCUCAUGACGAUGAUCGUUCGCGAUUUUUACUUGCAAGAGGAGUCCAACUCGAAUCUGACUCUGGAAGAGAAGCUUGAGCUCUUCGAAUACUUCGGCUCGUACUCGCGGAGCAUGGUGUCGAUGUUCGAGCUUGCGCUGGCAAACUGGCCAGUGAUUUGCCGCUUCCUGCAGGAGGACCUCUACGAGGGCUGGGCGGUCGCUGCAAUAUUCUACAAGCUCACCGUCGGCUUCGCGAUGAUCGAUGGCUCGUUGGAUUCUGAAUGCAGUGUUCAUGCAGGAGACCUUCUCAGCGAUCGAGAUCGAUGACUCGAUCAUGGUCGCCAAGAAGCGUCGGGCCGACAAGGCCCACAGCAAGAAGAUGCUGAGGCUGUUCAAGCACGUGGACGGCCCAGCACACCCGGAUCGGUCCUUUGGGGCUCGAGCACCCGGCAGAAUAACCACCCUGACUCUCUACUGAAUGCCACGUGCGCUUACUAGGCGGCCUUGUCGUGUUCGAUCCCCUCCUGGGCACACUUUCCUGAAGGCCCGCGGCUGCGGGGGUGCUCGUUGCGCGGGUGGUGCUUCCGCCUUGUAGACCAGGCCGCUGAUUCGGCCGAUAUACCGAUCGAUGCGGAUCGGGGCA